GACCGCCUUCGAAGUGUAAAUCCGACAUCGUAACCUGCAACACUCACACCUUUACUUGACUGCCGCCAAACUGAGCAGUUUCCUACUAAAUUCUGAGCGGUAAUCAUGUCCGCAGCACAGCUUCUCAACCCCAAGGCCGAGUCACGGCGCCGCGGCGAAGCUUUGCGUGUGAACAUUUCCGCAGGAGAAGGUCUACAAGAUGUGUUGAAAUCAAAUUUGGGCCCGACCGGCACCUUGAAGAUGCUGGUGGAUGGCGCCGGAGGUAUCAAGCUCACAAAGGACGGCAGUGUGCUGUUGAAAGAGAUGCAAAUACAAAAUCCAACUGCGGUCAUGAUUGCUAGAGCAGCAACAGCACAAGAUGAGAUCACGGGUGAUGGAACUACAAGUGUUGUCUUGAUGGUAGGCGAGCUUCUGAAGCAAGCAGAUCGAUACAUUAGCGAAGGUCUUCACCCUCGAGUCAUCACAGACGGCUACGAACUCGCGAAGAAUGAAUCGCUUCGAUUUCUAGACGAGUUCAAGUUGGAGCGAGAAGUCGACCGAGAACUCCUGCUGUCAGUCGCCCGCACAUCACUAGCCACCAAGAUCAACUCCACCCUUGCCACUCAACUCACGCCAAGCAUCGUCGAUGCUGUGCUGGCCAUCUACCAGGCUCCGGCCAAGCCUGAUCUUCAUAUGAUUGAGAUCAUGACAAUGCAGCACCGUUCCGCGGCAGAUACACAGCUCAUUCGAGGUCUUGCUUUGGACCACGGUGCGAGACAUCCGGAUAUGCCCAAGGAGGUUUCCAAUGCCUUCAUCCUAACGCUGAAUGUCAGCUUGGAGUACGAGAAGAGCGAGAUCAAUAGUGGAUUCUACUACAACAGCGCAGAGCAACGCGAAAAAUUGGUCGAGAGCGAGCGAAGGUUCGUCGAUGACAAGCUGCGAAAGAUUGUUGAGCUCAAGAAGGAGGUUUGCGGGACAGACCCCAAGAAGGGCUUUGUUAUCAUCAACCAAAAGGGUAUCGACCCUCUUUCUCUUGACGUUCUGGUCAAGAACGGAAUUUUCGCCCUGCGGAGAGCCAAGCGAAGAAACAUGGAGCGUCUUCAGCUCAUCUGCGGCGGUGUCUCACAAAACAGUGUCGAUGAUCUCACACCGGAUGUGCUCGGCUGGGCCGGCAAGGUGUAUGAACAUCAAUUGGGCGAGGAGAAGUACACUUUCAUUGAGGACGUGAAGGACCCGAAGUCCGUCACCAUCCUCAUCAAGGGACCUAAUGGUCACACCAUUGCACAGAUCAAAGACGCCGUGCGCGAUGGUCUACGGUCGGUGUACAACAUGAUCGUUGAUGGAAGUGUUGUACCUGGUGGCGGUGCCUUCCAGGUAGCAUGUGCAAGACGUUUGACGUCGGACGAUUUCACCAAGCAAGUCAAGGGUAAAGCCAAAUGGGGUGUCUCAGCCUUCGCUGAUGCUCUGUUGAUCAUUCCUAAGACGUUGGCGGCGAACAGCGGACAUGAUGUCCAGGACUGCAUCGCUACGCUUCAGGACGAAUACGAUGACGGCAACGUUGCCGGUCUCGAUCUCAAGUCAGGUGAGCCUAUGGAUCCUGUCCAACAGGGCAUCUUCGACAGCUUCCGUGUCCUCCGCAACAGUAUUGCAAGCUCAACAGGAAUCGCGUCCAACUUGUUGCUGUGUGAUGAAAUGCUCAAGGCUCGGCAAAUGGGAAGGACUGGUCCGCCAGGCGGCGGAGACGGAGGCGACGAAUGAACGAUGCUAUGAGAUGAAAUAAAGCCAACGAAAAUGGGACAGCGACUUGCACGAGCACAGAAUUUGCCUGCAAGGCUUAUCAACAUGUUCUGGGUUAUUCCGCCUUGACGGAUCGAUGAGGUGAAAGGGUCUCGUGACAGCUUCCAGGAAGCAUCGUUGAAUUUCGAUUGCCUCACGCUGUGGCUAAUGUAGAAAAUGCGACCUCAAUGACCCUGAUCGACUGUUUGUUGUUAUGUUCCAGUGCUAAUAAGCUUUCCACCAUCAAUUUCAAUGCUGAUGCCGCAGCAUGGCAUGUUCGUC